AUGGAGACCAAGCAGGAGCCCUCGGCUGUGUGGAGUCAGACUGCCAGCAAUGAUUCAGGCAACGGCACACAGGUGCAUUUCGAAGGUGGCACAGUGGCCCAGAUAGUGUACAGUGGAGAUCAGGCAGAUCGGGGACAGCAGCAGGUGGUUUAUACAGCAGACGGGAACUCCUAUACGUCUGUGGAGUCUGCAGAGCAUACACUGGUCUACAUACACCCUGCAGAUGGCACUCAGACUGUAUUUGCUGAUCAGCCACAAGUGGCUUACAUUCAGCAGGAUGGUACAACCCAGCAGGUCACAGUUUUGCUGCCCAGCGGACAGAACAUGAAUGCUGCCAAUCUGCAUGUUCUCAGUAACGUCGCAGAGGCUCCUCAAGCCAUCCUGGAGCCGGUUUCCCAGGAGCAGCUGUCUGUGUCCAACUCGCUCCCCUCCAUGGCAGACAUGGGGGACGCCCCUACCAGUCCCCUGGGGGCCACAGACUCCACAGAUGAUUCUGAUGAAGAUGAGGAUGAAGACUCUGAGAUGGAUGACUGGGAACCUCAUGAGCCUCAAUCAUUCAACCCUCACAGCCUCUGGUGUGAGGAGUGUAACAGUGCCAACCCCACUGUGUGUCUCAAGCACGGCGCUCUGCACCCCAUUCCCAACCGGCCAGUGAUGUCCAAGGCCCGGGCCAGCCUGCCUCUGGUCCUCUACAUCGAUCGCUUCCUGGGCGGGGUGUUCUCCAAGAGACGCAUCCCGAAGCGCACCCAGUUUGGUCCUGUGGAGGGACCCCUGGUUCCUCAGAGUGAACUGCAGGAACACUACAUUCAUCUCAAACUGUGCAUGUUGGAUACAGAGAAAGCUGGAGAGAAGCCUGACGACAUGUGGUUGGACCUUUCUGAUGAAGACAGCUGUAACUGGAUGAUGUUUGUGAGACCUGCUCAGAACCACCUGGAGCAGAACCUGGUGGCCUACCAGUACGGCGCGGAGAUAUUUUACACGACCAUCAAGAACAUCCAACCCAAACAAGAGCUCAAGGUGUGGUAUGCAGCAUCGUAUGCAGAGUUUGUCAACCAGAAGAUCCACGAUGUUACAGAAGAAGAGAGAAAAGUUCUCCGGGAGCAAGAGAAGAACUGGCCUUGUUAUGAGUGUAACCGGCGCUUCGUGAGCUCUGAACAACUGCAGCAACAUCUCAACAUGCAUGACGACAAGUUAAACUCUGUCACAAGAUCCCGAGGCCGGGGCCGAGGAAGAGGCAGGAGGAGAUUUGGGACAGGAAGACGACCGGGCCGACCUCCUAAAUUUAUACGUUUGGAUCCACCAGGAGACAGUGGUGGGGACAAGACAACAGAGAUGUUGGAACUGACUGAGAAGCCGCUGGAGGAGCAGGCGGAGGGAGUGCAGAAUGGGCUGAAGGUGGUGGAGAUGGAGCCGGAGGUGGAGCCUGUGAGCGAAGCAGAGGGCCAGCUCAUACCUGCUGCAGGGGAACCGGUCCCAGAGUCGAUCACCCCGCCUUCCAACACUGACCUGCCAGUUCCACUGAAGGAGGACCCGGCACAGAGCAGCCAAUCAGACGGCCACCUCACAUCUCAGGACAUGCGCCGGGCCAAGAGGAUACGGAACGCAGCGCUGCAGCACCUUUUCAUCAGGAAGAGUUUCCGUCCUUUUAAAUGCACCCACUGUGGCAAGGCCUUCCGGGACAAAGAGAAGCUGGAUCAGCACCUGCGGGUCCACGGCCGGGAUGCGUACGCCUUCUCCUGCCACAUCUGCAGCAAAAGCUUCAUGAGUGACUCGGCCCUGGAGGACCAUCUGUUGGUGCACACAGAAAACCGCUCCUACUCGUGUCUCUUGUGCCCAGAAACCUUUGAAAGGCUGGACCUGCUCAAAGACCACGUAGGAGUGCAUGCUGUGGACGGCUGUUUUACCUGUCCUUCCUGCAAGAAGACAUUUACCGACUUCAUCCAGGUGAAGAAGCAUAUCCGAUGCUUCCAUUCAGAGAAGAUCUUCCAGUGCCCAGAUUGUGAAAAGGCCUUCUGCCGGCCCGACAAACUGCGCUUGCACAUGUUACGCCACUCUGACCGCAAGGACUUCCUGUGCUCAACGUGUGGCAAACAAUUCAAGAGGAAAGAUAAGCUGCGGGAGCAUAUGCAGCGCAUGCACAAUCCUGACAGAGAGGCUAAGAAAGCUGAUCGGAUCCACCGCUCCAAAACCCUCAAACUGAAGGUUCCCACCACCGACUUUGAGAGCUUUAUGUUCAAAUGCAGAGUGUGCAUGAUGGGAUUCAGACGCAGAGGAAUGCUGGUCAAUCAUUUGUCCAAGCGUCAUCCAGAGAUGCGUAUUGAUGAUGUGCCUGAGCUAACGCUGCCAAUUAUCAAGCCAAACAGGGAUUACUUCUGCCAGUACUGUGACAAGGUGUAUAAGAGUGCCAGUAAGAGGAAAGCCCACAUACUGAAGAACCACCCCGGGGCAGAAUUGCCUCCCAGUAUCCGUAAAUUGCGUCCGGCUGCUCCUGGUGAGCCUGACCCCAUGUUGAGCACACACACUCAGCUGACUGGCACCAUCGCCACUGCACCGGUCUGCUGCCCACACUGUGCCAAACAGUACAGCAGCAAGACUAAGAUGGUUCAGCACAUCAGGAAGAAGCAUCCAGAGUUCGCCCAACUUGCCAACACCAUCCAGACUCCUCUGACCACAGCUGUCAUCAGUAGUGCUCCUGCAGUCAUCAGCGCAGACGGCACCACUGCUGAAGCUGUUGUGACCACAGAUCUGCUAACUCAGGCCAUGACGGAGCUUUCUCAAACACUGACCACAGACUACCGCACAGCACAGGGAGACUACCAGAGGAUCCAGUACAUCCCGGUGUCUCAGGCAGGAGGCAACCUGUCCCAGCCGCAACACAUCCAGCUGCAGGUGGUGCAGGUGGCUCCGGCCUCCUCCCCACAUUCUCAGCACCCCACAGUCGAUGUGAGCCAGCUGCAUGACCCUCAUGGCUACAGCCAGCACUCCAUCCAGGUCCAACACAUCCAGGUCUCCGAGCCCCAAGGUACCGGACAAGGUGCCACCCAGGUCACAGGUCAGCCUCUGAGCCCGAGCUCCCAGCAGCCCAGUCAGGAGCUGAGCCCGACCCAGCUGACCCCUGUGACGUUAGCUCAGAGCCACACUCUGCAGACCAGCAGCACCCAGCAACAGCAACAACAGCAGCAACAGCAACAACAGCAGCAGCAGCAGCAGCAGGGGACUGUGCAGCACGCUUACAUACCCGGAAACUGGAACUACAGAGGCUACUCAUCUGAGAUCCAGAUGAUGGCUCUACCUCACACCCAGUAUGUGAUAGCUGAGGCCAGCACACCUGUGUCUGGAGUCAACAGCAACCAGGUGAAAACGACACACUACGUUAUCUCCGAGGGUCAGACUGAGCUGGACACCAAACAAACGGUUCCCCAGAACACAAACCAGGCCCACACCGAACAUCUGGAGCAGCAGCCGACCAAUCAGCAAGCCACCACGCAGUACAUCAUCACCACAACCACCAACGGCAGCGGCACGAGCGAAGUUCACAUCACGAAACCCUGAACUGUUCGGUGGUGAACUGUGAAAAGGCAGCGCAGACCGGUGGACUGAUCCUGCAUGUAGACCUCAGCAGCUUGUACGCACACGAAUGAACUCACACACAGUCAAAUGCACAUGGAUACAGACUUGUGUACAUACAGAGCUAAGAUGGAGACGAAAUGAUGACCAGCACAGUUUUAUGUGUCUGUAAAGUGUUACAAUGUUCAAUGAAGUAAGAAAAUAAAGUCGGUAGAGAGAUAAACUCAAAAUUAUGCUUUUAAACAGAAAAUGUAAAACACAAGAACUGAACUGAACUUUUUUUUUUUAAGGACAUUUUCUUUGAAACAGCUGAAAACAGGGAGACGAUACCAUUACAUCAGGUCAGGCAGGGAAAAUGAAAGUGAUCGUUUUAAGGUCUUACUGUGAGAAUUACUGAUGUCUUUUGGUUUUGUUGCUCAGUUGCUCUAAAGAUUGGAGCGCCCGUUUUACAUAUUUGUAAAGUUCCAGACAUUUCUUAAAGUAUAAUAUUUGUAAAUAGAGUCUCGACAGAAAUAUAGAAUUGAAAAAUAUUUGAAAAUCCUAAAAAAUAAAAAAAUCCUGCGGUUGUC